ACCAGCUGAUCUCUCUUUCCCUAUCUCCAUCUCUCUCUUUUGACACCCUUCUUUUCCUGGUUAGUUUAUCGAGCUCCAUUAAUGGCGGAUACACGAAUACUUCCCAAUACACCCAUCGAAGAUUCUUAUGAAACAUCUCCACGAACGCCUCCGCAGUCAACAACGCCGCGCCACUCAUCCCUCGUCCAACCAUCCCAAAAAAAGAAGCGCAAAACCAAAGCUUACAGAGUCUUUCGCUCCGUCAUCCGAUCCUUCCCUAUCAUCGCACCGACAUGCAAGAUGGGCUCACUCCCGAUCGGUUUACCGGAAGGAUAUCGCGGCAUGAGCGGCAGUACCCGAGUCACCGGCACCGUGUUCGGGUACCGGAAAGGACGGGUGAGCUUGUCCAUUCAAGAAAGCCCGAGGUGUUUACCCUCGUUGGUGGUAGAGCUGGCCAUGCAAACAAACGUGUUGCAGAAGGAGAUGAGCUCGGGUAUGGUCCGGAUUGCUCUGGAAUGCGAGAAAAGACUGGAGAAGGACAAGACGUGGAUCUUGGACGAGGCAUUGUGGACCAUGUAUUGCAAUGGGAAGAAGUGUGGGUAUGGCGUCAAAAGAGAGGCUUCGGAGGAGGACUUGAACGUGAUGGAGCUCCUGAAAGCCGUGUCAAUGGGUGCCGGCGUUCUCCCGGGGAAUUCCGAAGUCGAAGGUACGGACGGCGAGUUGGCAUACAUGCGUGCGUAUUUCGAACGAGUCGUGGGUUCCAAGGAUUCCGAGACAUUGUACAUGUUAAACCCAGACGGUAGCAACGGUCCUGAGCUUAGUAUUUUCUUCGUCAGGGUUUGAUCAUCAUGAUUAUCAUCAAAUUAGCUGUUUAAUUAAAUAUUAAAUGGAAAAGAAGAGCAAUCGAUAUAUACUUGUUGAUUAAUUCAUCCAACAUAUAUAUAAAUACAGUUUCCUUUU